GGCGGUAGUCAUGGUCUUGGCGCAAAAUGCAAGACCUGGUUUAGUUGCCAUUUCUAUGUUAUGUUUAUUUAUUGAAGUUAUCGUUAUUCAAUACUCAUAAGUACAGCAAAGAUCGAGUACACAGCACCAUAGGACUGCUGGGCUGAAAUCUGCUGAAGUAUCGCUUUAAACAGCUUUACAGCAGUGAUCUUGGUGAAACAAAAUAAGAAAAGUAGCUACCAUUGGAGAAAGAAGUAACAUCGUCUUUAUCAACAAAGCAGAUUCGAAGUUAAGUUACGCAGUGUUAUGAUAAGAUCGGAUCACAUUUAUGAUUUUGGAUUUCCAUAGAUGAGACAAAAAAUUUGUGAUUAUCGAUUUCAAUCGAUUAAUUUGACUAAUCAAUCGACAAAUAUCAAGUACUUUCGAGUAUUAUUAAGUAAUCGAUUACAUUUUCGAUGAUCGAUUUGUAUCAAUUAGUUACGUCCUGAUGUAUGCCUUGCCUAACUAGCUGCAUAUGCAGACUCGUUGAUGCAGCGAUUGCACACUAUAAUCAAGCUUGCAUUACAAUCAAAUAUGCAUCAUUUAUAUAACUAUGAUUAAAUGAUGAUAAUAAAGGAGGGUCUGUCCGAUCUUUUUGGCCAAUGCUUUUCUGUAACUUUAUUUUAAGUUACUACCAAGCUUCAUAAUCUCAUAUUAUGAAAAAGGAAUGGAAAGUCAGUUUUAGUUUUAAGCUUGUGGAUAAGCUCGAUAAAGGGCCACAUUAAUACUCAUUUUUGCCAUGGUGCAGACAAAAUCUUUCUCCUCCAAUUGGUACAGAAUUAGAUUAUGCCAGAGGCAACUUAAAUAUUCUCUACUCAAUUUAAACCUUUUGUGAUGCACAUAUAACUUCUUUAGUUUGCAGGCCUGAAAAGGUGAAAAUUGUAGAAGCACCAGCGGUUUACAGAUCUGGACAAAUGAGCAAUAGUUACCAGCCUGCUAGACAUUUAUCUCAAAGUGAAACUAAGCUUGUUACCAGAGUAAAACCUAGUGCUGUGUCAGGUCCACCACAUCUACAAGUCUUAGCUGGAAAAUGCUUUACAUUGGUACAUGAUGGGUACAAGUAUGAGUUUUGUCCUUUCCAUAAUGUGACACAAAAGGAACAGACAGUAAGAUGGAAUGCAUUUUCUGGGGUUUUGGGUGUUUGGAAAGAAUGGGUAAUUGUGAACAACACAUUUGAGGCCAUGCUGUUAGCUAAUGGUGAUUUGUGUCCUGGUGAGAAACCACGACAGACAAAGGUAUUUCUGAGAUGUGGAGAUCAAAACAAGGUUAUCUCUGUUGUAGAGCCCACCAUUUGUCAUUAUGACUUAAGAUUUGAGACUCCACUGGCUUGUCCUAUAGAUGCAUUCCUAGUUUAUCCAGUGCUCAGUGCAGAAGGCCAGAAAGAAUGGGAGGAGAUUGAAGAAGCACUCUAUCGCAAAGAGCUGACUCUUCAAGGCUACAACAAGUACAGACGAGCCCUUUUCCAAAAGGAAAACUUGAUCCCUAAUGACAGCAACAAGAAAAAACCAAAAGUUGAAGAAAGUGUUGAAAACACUUCCUCUGAAGGAGAUCUUAACUCACAAGCUGGGGAUAACCGUAGAGGAAAGAUUUCCAGCUUUAAUUCUAAAGAAGAGUGCUCUAAGGCUUACAGCAGUCUUUUGGCUGAGGUACAAAAACUUACCAGGAAGCUUUUAAAUAUGAGCUGUUCUGGAUGUAAUAACUCUAUCAUGGAUACCCACAUAAACAAACCUGAACAGUCAAACGUGGAUUUGGAAAACAGGACAGGAGGAAUUAGUAGUAACACUGAGAGACCUGUUAAGGAGAACCUAAAUGUGCAAGAACCUUUAAGAGGUGACCAAGAUCAGCUAAAAGAACAAAAGAUAACUUUGAAAACUAAAGAUGACAAGGGAUUUCAGUCUUUAGUAGAAAAUCUACGAGGAGAUCUAGGACUGAAAAGAAAUCAAUCCACAGAAGGCAAGCAAAGAAAAUCUGAUAUGUUUAUGAAUGCCAAUGAGAGCUAGCAGGACUUAAAACAAAUCUACUCCCCAAAAAAUCUUUCUAUGGAGUAACAGCACCAGAUCUACAGGAUUUAAAUAGAAAGUGGGCUACUCUGACAGUUACAUGUUCUUCCAGAUGUGAUAACAUAAAUCAGUAUAUGGAACUUUCAUUGCAAGAUUUAUGGGAAAGUGUAGCAGCUUCAUUAGAGCUCCAAGAUGUACACGUAAUCUGCAGAUAUAUGCAAGAAGUCAGGGGUGCUCUUCCUAUCACUCUUCUUGUACCUCCAAAAAUACUCAAGAGUGAAAUUCAGGGUUUGCAACCUUUGUCAGAAACAAUUUUCCAGGACUUUUCCAGGCUUCAGAUUGAUUUUUCCAGGACUCCAGAACUCACCAUAACCCUUUCCGUUUCAAAAGUGACAAAUGAAGAAUAAUUUCCUCUUGCAAUUUCAAUACAUUAUCAGACAUGCAAAUGACAAUAAUAAAGAAAAAUAUAGAAAUAUCAA